GCUGGGGAAAGGAAUCUCCGCUUCCAGAGUCAAGUUUUAUCAGUUCGCAUACGGAUUGACCCUCCGCGGGUUUGUUGAUCAGAAAACCAAUUCUUCAAGUAAUGUCUGGAACAGUGAAGGAUGCUUCGAAUUCAACUGCCAUUAACAUGGCCCAAGCUCCCAUAGAAGACGUAGACCGAUGUGAGAAACAAUACCCUAGCUGGCUCCUUAAAGUCGCGCCACGAACGUCUAUGCUUUUCCGUCUAUUCCUAGGACCUGACCCACUGAAAGUUCGCAAAAAAAUAUGUAUCAUGACUUUGAUUGUUGUUCUGUUCAAUGUGUCGGUAUGGGUAGCAGCUGCUAUCAUUUUCCGGUCGUAUCCCGGUUUAAUUGGUAUCGCUGCAUUAGCCUACACCCUCGGACUUAGGCACGCCGUUGAUGCAGAUCACAUAUCUGCUAUUGAUAAUGUCACUCGAAAACUGCUUGGUGAUGGACAGCGGCCAGUCUCGGUUGGUUUUUUCUUUUCGCUUGGCCAUUCGACCAUUGUCAUUGUGACCUGUAUUGUGGUGGCCGCUACGGCGAACGCAGUGGCACAAGGAGUUCAAAACUUUAGUGACAUCGGAUCAUUGAUCGGAACGUCGGUCUCUAUCACAUUCUUGUUUCUCAUCGGUGUGCUUAACGUGAUUGUUCUGGUCGGGAUCUGUCGGGCACUACGUCGCGUGAAACGUGAAGGUGUUUAUACCGAGUUGGAUAUUGAGGCUUAUCUUGCACGAAAAGGUUUACUAGGAAGAUUCUUUUGGCCCAUCUUCAAGUUCAUCAAUCGAGGCUGGAAAAUGUAUCCACUUGGUCUGCUAUUUGGUCUUGGAUUCGACACUUCAACUGAAAUCGCCUUGCUCAGUAUCACAGCCAUUCAGGGGGCCAAUGGCAUGCCAAUUUUCCAUAUUCUGAUUCUUCCAUUUCUCUUUACUGCCGGUAUGUCGCUCAUUGAUACUCUAGAUGGCAUGUUGAUGCUGUUUGCUUAUAGCUGGUCCUAUAUCAAUCCAAUCCGCAAGAUGUACUAUAAUAUCGUCAUUACCACCAUCAGUGUGACAGUGGCUUUCCUUGUUGCUCUUAUCGAAAUGUUUGCUCUCAUUGGUGAGCGACUAGAGCUCGAGGGAGGAUUUUGGACCUUUAUAGCUACUUUGAGUGAUAACUUUGGUAUCAUUGGUUAUGUCAUUAUUGGAGCUUUCGUACUGGCUUGGAUCAUCAGUGCUGUGGUCUAUAGGUUGUCUGGAUAUCACAAGCUGGAGAAAGAGUUCGACGAAAGAGAAAAGGAAGGAAAGGAAAUGGAGGUAGAAGUUGUAGAAGGAACCGAGGAUCAAGUUCUCAGCGAGAAACCUCUAGAGAAAGAAGAAGCCAACAUAGGUCUACCUACCACAGAGAUACGAUAAUCCUUUGUACAUAAUUUUGUUAUUACAAAUUGUUGAUAGUAUCAUGCACUCUCGUAAUAAACAUAGUAUACACCUGUUAUGAUUUUAACACC